AUGACAGGGGGAGAUGAUUGUGAUACUAGUGAGGGUAUGACAGAGGGAGAUGAUUGUGUCACUGGUGAGGGUAUGACAGAGGGAGAUGAAUGUGUUACUAGUAAGGAGGGAGAUGAUUGUGUUACUAAUGAGGGUGUGAUAGAGGGAGAUGAUUGUGUUACUAAUGAGGAUGUGAUAGAGGGAGAUGAUUGUGUUACUAAUGAGGGUGUGAUAGAGGGAGAUGAUGGUGUUACUAAUGAGGGUAUGACAGGGGGAGAUGAUUGUGUUACUAAUGAGGGUGUAAUAGAGGGAGAUGAUUGUGUUACUAAUGAGGGUGUGUUAGAGGGAGAAGAUUGUGUUACUAAUGAGGAGGGAGAUGAUUGUGUUACUAAUGAGGGUGUGAUAGAGGGAGAUGUUUGUGUUACUAAUGAGGAUGUGAUAGAGGGAGAUGAUUGUGUUACUAAUGAGGGUGUGAUAGAGGGAGAUGUUUGUGUUACUAAUGAGGGUGUGAUAGAGGGAGAUGAAUGUGUUACUAAUGAAGGUAUGACAGGGGGAGAUGAUUGUGUUACUAAUGAGGGUGUAAUAGAGGGAGAUGAUUGUGUUACUAAUGAGAGUGUAAUAGAGGGAGAUGAUUGUGUUACUAAUGAGGGUGUGAGUGAGGGAGGGAGAAGAUUGUGUUACUAA